UAUCUAAAAACCCCAUAAAUUUUCCAUGAAAAUAGAUUUUUUUUUCACAUUUCCAAAUAAAUGUCGGCUAAAAUAUUUCAUUGUGUCAGUAAAGUAUUGUUCAAGAAUUGCCAACGUGUUCCCAGCUUACCACGAAUAACCACCCAAUUAAACUUUUCAAGUCGACCAAAUUGGGGCACAAAUAAAACUCAAAGAAAAAUAGUACUUAACUCCCUCAACAAAAUGUUAUCUCCCGAAGCCGAAAUAGCAGUUGCUCCAUUGCGACAAAAAGUCUUGGAACAAGGUAAUUUAGUUAGAAGCCUAAAGGCCGAGAAAGCCCCCGAGUUGGAUAUCAAAAAAGCUGUCGCUGAACUUAAAGCCAGAAAGAAGGUUCUUGAAGAUAAAGAACUGGAAUUAAUGGCCAAUGUGGUCACAUUCGAUCGUUCUAAAAUGGAAGAUUUAUUAAAAAGACGAUUCUUUUAUGAUCAAAGUUUUGCCAUUUAUGGUGGAAUCACUGGACAGUAUGAUUAUGGUCCAAUGGGAUGUGCACUCAAGUCGAACAUUCUUAAUUCAUGGAGACAAUUCUUUGUCCUUGAAGAUCAAAUGCUUGAAGUCGAUUGUUCUAUAUUGACACCAGAACCUGUUCUAAAAGCUUCUGGGCAUGUUGAACGUUUUGCUGAUCUUAUGGUCAAAGAUUUAAAGAACGGAGAAUGUUUCCGUUUGGAUCAUCUUAUUAAGCAAUUUUUAGAAAAAUUAGCUUCAGAUAAGAAUUCCACUGCUGAAGUUAAAGCAACUUGUGAAGAUAUUGUCAUUAAGCUUGAUGGCAUGUCGAAGGAAGAAAUGAGGAAAAUCCUUCGAGAAUACGAUAUGAAAUCUCCAAUUACUGGAAAUGAACUCACAGAUCCAAUUGAAUUUAAUCUUAUGUUUGCAACACAAAUUGGACCAACUGGUCUUAUUAAAGGUUUCCUACGUCCUGAGACAGCUCAGGGAAUCUUUGUCAAUUUCAAACGUUUGCUUGAAUUCAAUCAGGGAAAACUUCCAUUUGCUGCUGCUCAAAUUGGCAAUGCAUUCCGAAAUGAAAUCUCCCCUCGAUCUGGUUUAAUUCGGGUCAGAGAGUUCACAAUGGCUGAGAUUGAGCAUUUUUGUGAUCCAUCACAAAAAGACCAUCCCAAAUUUGUGAAUGUUAAAGACACUAAGAUGACACUUUACUCGGCAUGCAAUCAAAUGGAUGGCAAGAGUGCUAAAGAGUUAACAAUUGGUGAAGCUGUUAGUUCAGGACUUGUAGCUAAUGAGACUUUGGGAUACUAUCUUGCACGAAUUCACAAGUUUCUAACAUCGAUUGGAAUCAAUUCUCAGUGCCUUCGAUUCCGUCAGCAUAUGUCUAAUGAAAUGGCUCAUUAUGCAUGUGAUUGUUGGGAUGCUGAGUGUCUAACUAGUUAUGGUUGGAUUGAAUGUGUUGGCUGUGCCGACCGAUCAGCUUAUGACUUGAAACAGCAUAUGGGUGCAACUGGAGUUCGAUUGGUAGCUGAAAAACGUUUGCCUGAACCUAAGGAAGUUCAGGUAACAGAAAUUGCAAUUAAUAAACAGACAUUUGGAAAAGCAUUUAAAAAAGAUGCAAAGCCUUUAACAGAAGCUUUGACCAACUAUUCAACUGAAGAAGUUGAAAAUGUAGAAAAGAGUCUAAACGAAACUGGAAAGUAUACACUCUCUUUGAAUGGAACUGAAUUUGAACUUACAUCUGAGUAUAUUUCUGUAAAACGAUCGAAAAAAAUUAUUCAUGUAGAGGAAAUAACACCAAAUGUUAUUGAGCCAUCUUUCGGUAUUGGCCGAAUUUUGUAUUCAUUGUUGGAACAAAACUUUAAAUGCCGUGAUGGAGAUGAGCAACGUUGUUACUUUUCACUACCAGUAAUUGUAGCACCACUGAAAUGUUGUAUACUGCCGCUUAGCAAUAAUGCCGAAUUUAUGCCAUUUAUAAAUCAAUUAUCAACUGCUCUAACAAAAUCAGAUAUUUCUCAUAAAGUUGAUGAUUCAAGUGGAUCGAUUGGACGGCGAUAUGCUCGUACAGAUGAGAUUGCUAUACCUUAUGGAAUUACUAUUGAUUUUGAUACACUUAAAGAGCCACAUAGUGUUACUUUGCGUGAACGUAAUACAAUGGCUCAGAUAAGACUUCCAUUGCAGGAGGCUUCAGAAGUUGUUAGAUCUCUAUCGAUUGGUACAAUGACAUGGAAUGAUGCAUUAGAAAAGUUCCCAAUAUUUGAAGCACAAAAUACGACAAAGUAAAAGAUUGAAAGUUUUUAAUGUUUUGAAAAAAAGAAAAUAUAAAUAAGAUAAAAUCGCAUUUUUAUCUUUUAACAUUUUUUUUGCGAAUAAAUUAUUAUACACUUGCUAUUAGCUUCUCAUAAAAUAAAAAAAAUAAAUGAAUCACAUAAGU